AUUCCUGUAUUUAUAGUGGAGAUUUGUUCAAAUAUAUUCCAUCGUUUCCUUCAUCAAUAUGGCAGAUCAAACUGAAAGAGCCUUUCAAAAGCAACAAGUGAUAUUUCAAAAUAGAAAAGCUACCGUCAAGAAACAGAAGCAAGGUUUAAGAUAUUACAAGAAUAUUGGUCUAGGAUUCAAGACCCCGAGAGAAGCUAUUGUAGGAACAUACAUCGAUAAAAAAUGUCCCUUCACAGGUGAUAUACACAUCAGAGGUAGAAUUCUUACAGCUAUAGUAUUAAAGACUAAAAUGCAGAGAACUAUAGUAGUUAGACGUAAUUAUUUGCACUAUAUCCGCAAAUACAAUAGAUUCGAAAAAAGGCAUAAAAAUAUUUCUGUGCAUCUUUCUCCUUGCUUCAGAGAUGUACAGAGUGGAGAUAUUGUAACUAUUGGAGAAUGCAGACCUCUCAGUAAAACUGUUAGGUUCAAUGUUUUGAAAGUUACAAAGGCUUCUGGAUCGAAAAAGAAAAAAUUUCAGAAAUUUUAAUUUUUUUUAUAUAUAUAUAUUUAUUUUUGAAUAAUUAUUUGAACUUGAAAUAAAUACCAAUUUAAUC